AUGUCUUUAUUUGUUGAUGCAGAGGAAGAUACUCAUGAGAGCUAUCCAAUAACGACAUCAAAUGAGGAGCAGCGACCUCACUCUCCUCAGAAUAUUCAAAGUAAUGAUAACGGAGUCUCUAGCGAAGAUGAAGAGCCAUCAAUACCUGUUGUUAUCAAUGAAGAUAGAAAUUCUGUUCCAAUUUAUCUGAGUAAAGAAAUAAGCUGCAACUUGCCUUUGAAAUUCCAACAGGAGAUUGUUAAUGACGUGCUUUCGAAGGAUGGCCUUUUAUUACUUGCUAGAGGGUUAGGUUUGGAUACGCUUACUGCUAAUUUGUUACAUGCAUUAUAUUCUCCCUCAAUUGUUUUAGAGAACGGGCCACAUAAAAGAGAGAAGAAAAGUUUAAUAUUUGUUCUUAACACACGAAGCGAAGAGAGACGAAGGUUAGGAGAGGAAUUGACUGAGUUGCUGUGGAUAGAUGGCAAAAGUGAUGACAAUCCUUUGAUUGAUCUAACUUCAGAAGUUCAAAUUACGUCUUCUAAAAGAACGUCUAUAUAUGCAAAAGGUGGCAUUAUGGCAGUCACAUCAAGAGUGUUAGUGGUUGAUUUUUUAUCCGGGGCACUUUCAGCUAACGAAAUAACUGGCCUACUCAUAUUGCACGCGGAAAGAAUUAAAGAGACGUCAAACGAGUCUUUCAUCAUAAAUCUUUAUCGAGAUCAAAAUGACUGGGGUUUUAUUAAGGCAAUAUCCGAAGAUCCUGAGUCUUUCACUGGAUUUACUCCAUUGGCUUCUAAAUUAAGAAUUCUCAGAUUAUCCAAUGUCUUUCUUUGGCCAAGAUUUCAUGUUGAAGUUUCAAUGUCUUUAAACUCGAAGGGGAAAAAUCUACUGAACAGGGAGAAGCAGAAAUCAGAGAAGACAAGAUAUGUGACAGAGAUAAACACUAAGCUAUCCUAUAAAAUGAAUAAAAUCCAGUCUGCAAUUUUAUCUUGCAUGCAAGCUUGUCUUCAAGAACUAAAGAGGCACAACCCUGAGUCUGCCACGGAGUAUUGGGAUAUGGAGAACGUGCAUGAUAAUAACUUCGUGGUAAGAAUCAGAGCAGUACUCGAGCCACAGUGGCAUAGAUUGACGUACACUACCAAGCAAUUAGUGUUUGAUUUGAGCACAUUGACCGAUUUAUUGAAAUACUUGGUGACAUUAGAUUCAGUAAGCUUUUAUCAAGUAGUGCAAGGCAUAAUAGACCAAAACAUUAAACACGGAGGAUCUGGUGCCUUAUCAACUAGUGCGAUGAGUCCAUGGCUUAGUUUGGAUGAGUCAAGUACUAUAAUUUCUUAUUCCAGAGAAAGAGCUAUGGGUCAGGUAAAGGUACACAAAACAGAAACUAAUAAUGAAGGAGAAACAAAGGAGAUUAUUCAAGAAGAAUAUGUGUUGGAGGAACUACCUAAAUGGCACCAAUUGGGAGCUCUUCUUGAUGAUAUUAUGCAUGAAAAGUCACUUAAGGGGCAAAAAGACCUGGGUCCUAUUCUUAUCAUGUGUUCAAGUAGCAGUACUGUUAAGCAAUUGAGUAGUUUGAUAACUUCCAUGUCAGAAGAAAUAGAUCCAGAAACCCAUAUGAAAAGAUAUUCUUUCAAGAGAUAUAUGGUUCAUAAGCUCAAUUCAUAUUUAGGAUGGAAGAAAUUUAGCUCCUUGGCUGCCAAAAUUAAUUCUGAGUUAUCUACCAAUGAUGGAAAGGAUGGUGACGAAGGAUCCCAGGAAAAAGGAGAGCAAUUAACUGUUUCUAAGACCUUUUCAAGAAAUGGGCAACCAGUCAGUAAGAGGAGAAGAACUAGAGGUGCAUCAACUUCUGCAAGAGUUUCAAAGUUAUACACUGGCUCAAAUAGCGCAAGAAAUUUUGAAGCGGUGAAUGUCGACGAAUCAAUAUUUGAAAAUUUGCAAAAAGAAGUGAAGGCCGAAGAUGAUCAGGGAAUCAUUUAUAUUUCUGAUGAUGAAAGUAAUGAUAAAGGUUUUCCAGAAUCUAAUCAAAAGAAAGGAUCUGGAGGAGCGGAGACAGAAAAAGAAAGCGUCGACGGAGAAGAUGUAGAAAUUCUUAGCCACAAAUUUGAUGAUACUCUUCUGUUCACGCACAUUGAUAAGGAUGAUCAAAUAAUUUUGCAGACAUUUAAUGAGCAUAGUAACAAUGCUUUGCUUCAGGAUUUGUCUCCGUCUUAUAUCGUCAUGUAUGAACCUGACUUGGGAUUCGUAAGAGCUGUUGAAAUAUAUCAAGCGGUCAACAAAGAAAAUCCUGCAAAAACGUAUUUCAUGUAUUAUGGGACUUCAGUUGAAGAACAGAAACAUUUAUUGAGAAUAAAAAAAGAGAAAGAGGCAUUCACGAGAUUGAUACGUGAAAAAGCAAAUUUAGGGAAGCACUUCGAAACAGCUGAGGAUAUGGCUAAGUUUAGAGUGAAAAGGAACCACGUCGCCAAUACGAGAAUAGCUGGGGGGAUAGAUUUUAGAUCGGAGCAAGACCCCUUGAGAGUUAUCGUCGAUGUAAGAGAAUUCACAUCUUCUUUACCAGGUUUAUUGUACAGAGUUGGCAUUGACGUAAUACCUUGCAUGCUUACGGUGGGCGAUUAUAUUCUUUCUCCUAAAAUUUGUAUAGAGAGAAAAUCUAUACCCGAUCUUAUCUCAAGUUUUAAAAGCGGAAGGUUGUUUCAUCAAUGUGAACAAAUGUUUAGACACUAUGAGUUACCAACUCUUCUUAUAGAGUUUGACGAAAGCAAAUCUUUUUCCCUCGAACCUUUUUCAGACUCCAGAUUCCAAAGAGUGAACCCAACCAAUCCAGCUCCCAGUCAAAUGAUGCAACAAAGCAUACAGUCCAAAAUAAUGUCACUUUUGAUCUCAUAUCCUAAACUCAAGAUCAUAUGGUCAUCUUCCCCUACUGAAACUGCACAGAUUGUCUUGACCUUGAAGGGUAACCAACCCGAACCGAGUAUAAAUGAUGCUCUAGACAAGGGUGUAAACAGGUCCCUUGGAACUGAAGAUGGAGGACCUCCAGCCUUCAAUGAAGCCCCCAUCGAUUUUAUUCAAACCAUUCCUGGAAUAAAUAAUGAAAACUGUUUCUCCAUCAUAAAGAAAAUAAAAAGCAUAGAAGAACUUGUCAAGCUUGACAAACCUCAGUUCAUUGAAAUUCUAGGAGAAGAAAACGGUAGAAAAGCCUUCAAUUUUAUUAAUCAUGAAGUGACUUGA